CAACCUCAAAUUAGUUUUAUAUCUGAAAUGCUCAUUCAUAUUUUGUUUAAUUUCUGUUCACUCGUCGGAAAUAUCGCAGAGAAGUUAUUUACUUGAUAAUAAAAAUAUAUAGGCACCUUACAAUCGUCAGUUAUCAAAUGUUUUAAUCUGGCUAUUGUGAAUAUUAUCGUUUUCAAUGUUUUCAUUGUGAAUGAAUAAAGAUAAGCGGUAGGUAGAAGUAGAAGGUACUUAUACUUCGUUAAAAAAUUUCGUGUUUUUUAGUGGGGGAGAUCAGUUUAUUUAAGCAAGUUGCGCAUUUCGAACAUAUUUUAACGAACAGUGUUCUCGUAAAUUUCUACUUCAACAAUGGAUACUUUGCAACAACUUCCCAAAAUUCAAUAUACUAAGAUUUUCAUCAAUAACAAAUUUGUUGAUUCAGUUAACAAAAAAACUUUUCCAACUCUGAAUCCUGCAACAGGAGAAACAAUAGCUGAUAUUGCUGAAGGUGAAAAGGAAGAUAUUGAUAUUGCAGUACAAGCUGCUAAAACAGCAUUCUCCAGAAAAUCAGAAUGGAGAAAGAUGGCACCUUCAGAAAGGAUGAAACUGCUCAAUAAAUUAGCAGAUCUAAUUGAGCAAAAUACAACUGAAUUGGCUGCUUUGGAAUCUCUAGAUAAUGGAAAACCUUACAAAAAUUCACUCAUUGGGGAUAUUCCUGGAGUGGUAUCAGUUUUCAGGUAUUAUGCUGGACUGUGUGAUAAAUAUUUUGGAAAAACAUAUCCUGUGGAUGGUGAUUUCCUUUGCGUCUCUAGAAAAGAACCCAUAGGAGUAGUUGGUCAGAUAAUUCCUUGGAACUAUCCUUUAAUGAUGCUUGCGUGGAAAUGGGGCCCAGCUUUAGCUGCCGGAUGCACUCUUGUCUUGAAACCUGCAGAACAAACUCCUCUAACUGCCUUAUAUGCAGCUGCUUUAUCUAAAGAAGCUGGAUUUCCCAAAGGUGUUAUCAAUGUUGUACCAGGAUAUGGACCAACAGCUGGAGCUGCUUUGGCAUUACAUCCAGAUGUUUCAAAAGUUGCUUUCACUGGUUCUACCGAGAUUGGUAGAAAAAUGUUAUCAUACUCUGCUCAAUCAAAUUUGAAAAAAGUAUCCCUUGAACUUGGAGGAAAGAGUCCUCUUGUAGUAUUUGAUGAUGUUGAUGUUGAUGAGGCAGUAAAAAUUGCUCAUGAUGCUCUUUUUUCUAAUCAUGGCCAAAAUUGCUGCGCUGGUUCAAGAACAUUUGUGCAAGCUGAGAUUUAUGAUGAAUUUGUUAGAAAAGCAAGUGAAUUAGCCAAGAAAAAGAAAGUUGGAAAUCCUUUCAAGGAAGAUACUGAACAGGGACCACAGGUGGAUCAAAUGUCCAUCAAUAAAAUAAUAGAUCUCAUAAACUCUGGGGUAAAAGAGGGUGCAAAAUUACAGACUGGUGGAAAGAGAAUUGGUAAUGAGGGAUAUUUUGUGGAACCUACAGUGUUUUCUGAUGUUAAAGACAACAUGAGAAUUGCUAAAGAAGAGAUUUUUGGACCUGUCCAAUCGAUUUUGAAAUUUGAAACUAUGGAUGAAGUUAUUGAUAGGGCUAAUAAUACAGAAUAUGGAUUAGCUGCUGGGGUAAUCACAAAAGACAUCAAUAGAGCUUUUGAAUUUUCUCAGGCGGUGAGAGCUGGCUCUGUUUGGAUAAAUACUUACAAUGCUGUAACACCUCAAGCUCCAUUUGGUGGGUAUAAGAUGUCAGGAAUAGGGAGAGAAUUGGGACCUGAUUCAUUGGAAGGAUAUUUGGAGACAAAAACAAUUAAUAUGAGUGUACCUUGUACUCAUUGAGUUUUUUGGAGUUAGUUAUGUAUAAUAAGAAAGUUGUUUAUUAUAUAAAAUAUUCUAGUUUAUUGUUUUGUUUUCACUUUAAAUAUAUUUACAUAACUAUUGAA